UUUUUCUGCACUGUUGGCAGUCCGAUAAUGUUGAUAUCAUGAUUUUUAAGUCUACUGUUUGAUUUUUUAUAGUAGGUAACAGUGUAGAAUUUUUUCUCGGUGUGUUCAGGACAUUUCCCAAUGCUUUUGCGAUUAGAAAAUGACCAAAUAUCAUAUUCAACUGCGCUCUCGAAGUUAAACCACACAGUAACCAGAACGUAACCCGUAUGUGGUGAACGGAUGCGAACGUCGCAUAAGCCAUAAGCUCAGAGGACCGCCUCUCGAGCUGGGCGGUUGCAACGGAAGAUGGACCAAAAGAAGAGUCCAAAUAGGUAAUUAAGUGCUUUAUUGUACGAUACAUGUUUCCAGUUAUCGUCGUUACACAUCAGUAACAUACAAUUCUCAACUAAUUGACUACAGAAGAAGUUUUUUUUAAUGAGAAUUGAUUGACUGUUGAAGCACGUACAGGGUAAACAAAACCCUAUCAUGGAAUUGAAACAAUCCAGCCUGCAUAAAAUACCACAAAGAACUAAACGCCAAGCAAAAGUUUUAGAAGAAAAUUUUUGGGAUUGCAGUGUGUGCACUUACAGAAACACGGCAGAAGCCUUUAAAUGCCUAAUGUGUGACGUCAGGAAAGGCACGUCUACUAGAAAACCAAGAAUCAACCCUCAGUUGGUAGCCCAACAAGUGGCCCAGCAAUACAAUCCAACCCCACCAAAAACGAAUAAGAAAGAAGGUGGGUUUAAGGAGGGUGCUCCUCGUGAUGGGCAAGUAAGGGAGAAGUCUGAAAAGAAAAACAGUCCUGCUGAAAGUAAAUCGGCAAAGAAGAGCUGGUACCCGCCAAGAUUAAAGAAUGUGGAUCGCAGUACUGCUCAGACACGUGAAGUGACUGUGAACAAUGUGACAGUGUUUAUAACAGAAUAUAAACCUAAAUUAAAGAAAACUCUCUCCGACCAUUCUGGGCAGUCAAGUAGUGCAUCAUCUGAAAAUGGAAGUCAAUCUGAAUCUAGUACUGAUGCAAGAAGUGCAGAUGUGGGCACAGAUUCACGCAGUUCAUAAAUUUUGUGAUGUUAUACACAACUUCUGUGAUUCGAGCAAAUGCAAGCGGAAAGUGGCAGUACAAAUUGAAUUUAAGUGUUAAGUGAUCUGUUUCUCAAUUUCUUAAAUAUCCUUUUUUAUUUUUCAUGUGUAGUGGUGUGAGAGCUCAGUAUUAAAGUGUGUGGGCACAACUUAUGUAGCAAAGUGUAAAUUUUCUUUGCAUUGGAUUACAAUGGAUAUGGUUAUCUUCUACCUGCACUAUUAGAUUACUUAUAGAGUAAUUCCGUAGCGUUUACUCUCUAAUAUGUACAGAUUGUGUGUUUAACCUAGAAUGUGUGUAUGUACACAAGGAAUAAUUAACAUAAUGGUUGUGAAGAAACAGGACAUUCUGUGAAGAAUGUGUGAUGCCUGAGAGGUCAUGUCAUGAAUUGUGAUGUACUGUGUGAUUAAAGUAGGCUGGCUGUAGAGAUUUCUGUUGCCAGAAACAAUUUUAUGUGUCUUAAUACUUCUAUUUGCCUUUCAGGAAAUAUUACACUGCCAGAAAGUAAGAAAGAAAUAACUGGGUGACAAGAGUUAUUAAUUGCAUCAUUUAUAAAAUGUAAAACUGUAAAUUUAGUUAUGUCAUUGUAUAACAAAUUUAAGAUUUUAUGUAAUGUAUUGCAGGUCAUACAGUUGCACAUUUUAGUAUAAUUUAAAUGGUAUUUAAGUUAUAGUGUUUAAAACUACUGUAUAUUUCUGUAACUGCUAUUAUUUGCUGUUAAGGAGAGGAGCUAACGAUAAUGUACUGGGUGCUCAAUUUAUUUGAUCCCUAUUGGAUUUGGUGUGUGUGUUUGUAUGCAUGAGAGUUUGUACAUAGAACAAAUGCACAUAACAAGAGUCACUAAACAUCUCUGUAAUUUGCCCAGGAAUGAUUGUUAAGCAUAGUUCGUUUUAUAAAUAUCAAUAUAAUUGAAUAUGAAUGAGCUACAGCUAUGCAUCAUUGGUAUUCUCCAUAAUUAAUUUGCUUCUUAUUGAACGGUAUUCCAUGUAGCAUUCUGAGACUGGAAAGAGUAAAUGAAAAAAGGUUGUAAUCGUCAAUACAAAGCAUAUUGUUUUGGUUUAAUUGCAUUGUAAUGCCUUACAAUGUCAUCUCAAAGCUCCUGUAUCGAUUUAUGUUGUUAUCGUGUACACAAAAUAGAUUGAAUGAAAAUAAGUGACAAUGAAAUAACAAUAAUUAAGAAUGACUCAGUGUCUUGUCAGUUCCAUUUUUAUACUGGGUAGUAAUGAAGUUUUAAGAUCUUAGUCUCGGACAUCAACAUUUUUCGGAAUGUUUUUGUAUGAAAAUUAAGAACUUGGUGAGUAUGAAAAGUUAUGUUAUUUUCUUGACAGGUAGGAAAGCCUAUCGGAAAAGUUCAACAUUGUAGGCAUACUCUUUCAAAUUGUUGUAUAAUGUGUUGUUUUUUUUAAUUAUUCAUUUUGAAAACAGUGAAAUAGCCAUUAUCUUCAAUUAUGAGUAACAAUUUUUUGCACAAUGGAGGUUACUUUCUGAAAAUCUGUUAUUCACUGAUGGAGUGUUAGUUUAGUUUCUGCUUUUAUUAAGCGAUUAUUUAAUACGUUAUCACGAUUGCUCAUAUUAACUUCAGAAACUGAGAGCUAUGGCUUGUGCAUUGUGCUGUGGUUGCUGUUAUGUUGAGUGCAGAUUUGUGAAGUUCUGCUGUAGCUCAUCCAAAGCAAUUCAAUUUUUAACAGCGCAUACCAGUGGAGGGAGUGUAUUAACAGACUGCAUCAUAGUAUUUUUUGGUGUAUCUUUGUUUAGAUAUGGGUUUACUGUUUCAUCAUUUAGUUUUUUCUUAUCAGAAUUUUUCUUAACCGUAAGCUUCUGUCUUUAAAUACUUACUGGGUUUUUACAAAACAAUUCAAAACUGUUGUCAUGCAUAAUAGCUUUGUAAAAACUCUGGUGUUCUUUUACUCCGGGGUCCAUAAACACAUUGCAAAUUUAUUUUAGUAUCUCUUGAUGUAGAAAACAGUUGUGUGUAUAGAGCAACAUAGUGAACGGUGAAUUAGUUCUUCAAAUAAAGGUUGUCACCAUCUGUGUUCCCACAGAAAGGGAUGAAAUUAUAGAAAAUGUUCAAAAUAUAUGCAACCUUGCCAUACGUCAAAAACUGAAAAUAUUUGAAUAUAAACUUGCAGAAAAUGUUUGUAACCUAUUUCAAAAUUCAUAUAGCACUAGCUCUUAAAUGUAUAAAAUUAUCCUUCAACUUUUGCGAUUUAUUCUGUUGGUCCCUGUUGACCUCUUCUUGACGUUGGCAAUUGUGAAGGUAGGGUGAUAUGUAAUUCUGUCUAUUAUUUCAAAAUUUGACUUAUCCCAUUGCUAGAGCUUUUGUCUAGUCCUGUCGUGGAACUUUGGAAAUUUAAAUGGUUUGGUGAACUUCAGAACGUAUGGAAAUUAUGAAAGAAAUAGCUAUCUAUAAAUUUAUGCUAUUCAAAUAAUUUAUUGCCCAACAGUGGAGUUGUCUUUGGUGAAAUCCUGAUUCAAAGCAAUAUGAGUAAUAAUGCAUAAACAAUAACAUUAAUAGAAUUAUAAUGAAUGCAAAGAAGGUUAAUAUUAUUGUAGAGUUGCUUCUAUUCUGAAAUUGUCUGUCAUGUCUGUUGCUGUAGUGGAAAUUCAUUGGAUGGAAAUGUUCCAAGACUGUUGUAUAAGUAUGUUGAUAAUGAAUGUUGGUUUCUUUUGUUGAUGCAUAGAAGCACUUUUUGAGUUACAAUAUUUGUGCACUUGCUGGUCUAUGCAUGACCAAACGAAUCACCAGUGAUCAAACUCAGGGCUAUUUUUCUAUGCAUGUAGGUCUGCAAUUUAAACUGUUAUUAAUAUUUUUGUAAUAUUAAGGAAAAUAAUUAUUGCAAAUUUGUUGCUGGCCCUACCACUUAUAAAAGGUACUUAAAAAUGAUUUUUCCCUACGACACGUGCAGCUUUCUGAACCGUUCUAGAUUAUUAUAGAAGCUGAAAUCUUGAAAUACAUUUUUGGAAAUUUGGUAGAAAAAUAGUGGACUGGCUGUAUCAUUACAUUUUUUGGAGAAUAAUCAGUGUAAAAUCACAUAAAACUGAUAGUAAACAAUGACAAAAGGAACAGUGAAAUUAGAAAUGAAAUACUAUGAAAUCUAUGUUAGUGGCCACUAAUGGUUCUGGCAAAUAUUGGCUGUUAAUAUUCAUGGCCAGUUAAUCAAGGUUUUGGAGUUAUGGAAAGCAUCCCUACAUCUAGUCUAAUUGUGUUAAUUGCUGUGAAAUAAAAUCUGUUUUCCGUAAAUCAUUUUAAUUACCUAAGGUAAUUAAAUCUACAAAUACAUCAACAACUAACUGCAGUUAAAUUGAAAAUACACAAAAAUAUGUUCAAGCAUAGAUUUUACUUCUUUUUUAGAACAAAAUUUUUGUUGAGGUGUUUGUUUAGUGCUUACAUCUCUCUUCAGUUGCACAGCAUUUGAAACUUUCUAAAAGUGUUCAGUGGUUUAUAUUGUUUUCAUUAAUUUUUGUCCUUCAACACUUAACAAUGUUGGCAAAUUACAAAUUUUCUAUCAGAAACCACUUUCUUGUUUACUAGGAUCACUUGCCUCCUCUUGGCCAGUCAUUCUCUUUCCAUUUUCAUGGAAACAAACUUGUAAAUGAUUUAGUCUUCAAAUUGGAAUUCACAUUCAUUGAGCUGUUAUUUCAUGGGGACAUUUAUUAAAAUGAUCUUUUGAUCUUUAUUACCUGAAACAAAUUAAUCCCCCUACUUGAGAAGCGACUGCAGAGGUCACUUAUAUGUGAAGGCGUCUGUCUCUUGCAAGACAAUACUGAAUCAACAAUAUCUCCAUUACUCUUCUACUUUUUAUUGUUAAAGAUGGCCACUUGAUAAAGGUUGUCUAAGAAAAGAGCCUGGCUGCAAUACCAGGUGACCGCUUAAAAGAGGUAAUUUGUAAAUGUCUUACGGAAAAAUCGAUUGUUUAAAUUAAAAAUUUACUGUUAAUGGAAGUGAUCACCUUAUUAGAGAAGGUUUUUACUGUAAAGAAAAUAAUUGAGGUAGAGCCUAAGACUUCGUGGUGCUCUCUCACACUAAUGCAGAAGGACCAGAAUAUUCUCUUGCAGAAAUGAUAAGUCGUACAUUGAUUUGUUGAGAGAUGUGCCUCACUCAGAAAGUUCUUGUCAAGCUUUCCACUGUAUCUGAAGUCUUCCUUUUCACACAUCACACUGCCUAGUCCAAAAGGGCAUUACACAAAAUGCUUAAAUGGAUCUUAUUCUGAAAUAUACUGCCAUUCUUGGAUGCUUCAGGAACUACAAUUGUACAGGUCAAUGGGACUAAUGAAUAAUAUUGGGAGUAAUGCAUAUGUUAAAAGAAAAAUUACCCACAGGAAAGUUAGAUUUUUCAGUUUUUAAGAGCUGAAUAAUACACAACACUAAGUGAUGAUUAUUUACUUCAUGUAUUUCAUUGAAACUUCAAUUUCACACAUAUCCUUUGGUUAUGCAACGUGAUGUGCCAGGGGUAACGAUGUAGGCUCAAAAACAGCAAUGAGAAAUAACGGAUAACAUUGCAAUGUAAUCAUUCCAAAAUAUUUUUUCAAUUCUUGAGAGGUGGCAGAAGUUUGCUAAUCAUCCAUGAAAAUUACUGUUUAUUCUUUCAAUUACAGAUACUCAUUUAUGACUUCCAGAAGUUUUCAUGUUCUUCCGGUACAUUCCUUUAAAAAAUAACAAAAUACCUAAUUUUGACUUGUUGCAUAUUUAUGUAUAUAUUUAUACUGCAGCAUUAUAUUGCAACAUGCUUUUAUUUAUUUUAAUUUGCAUUGUAAAAUUUUGUGGCUUUUAAUUCAUUUUCUAGUAUUUUGAGAUUGAUUACAAACAGAAUACUCAACUUUUGAUUGCUGCUUUACAAUAAGAAUCAUUACUAAUGUGACUGGAGAAAUGAUGUUUUGUGACUGAUGUGCAUUUAUUCAUUUGGUGAUGAGAUCGAACAAUAAUACAAAUUCUACAAUUUUUAGUAAGGAGCUUUUUGGAUGUGAAACUGGAUUUUUAGUUAAUUAUUAGGAUGUAUUGAAAUGUACAAAAAAUAUUUUUAAAAUUGGUGCAGAUGAUUGUCCAGCGAGUGUUUAUGAAAUCUUGUAUAUUGAAGAGAUAUAUGCUUACGUAGUAAACAAUUUUUGAACGUAUGGGCUUAUGACAUACUAUGUAAUUUCUAUAGCCUAAUUUAGUGCCUGGAAUCAGAUGUUUUAUAAAAUGUGUGGGACUUAAAAUAAUGUGAGACAUUAUUAUUUAUAUUAAAUGUUAUCAGUCCAUCAUGCCUCUGUUUGUAAAAAAAAAAAUAUUUGAUAAAUUCAAGUUUUUUAGAUAUGUAUGAGGAAUGAGCCAAACGUUUUAUAAAAUAUCUGAACUAUUUCAAGUUGAUAAAAAUAUGGUGAAAUGACAUUUUAUGAAAGAACUUACUUAUGCAUUUUAUUUGCAUUGUAUGAAAUGCCUGAAUUUGUAAAUACCGCUUGUAAAAUAACAGUGAAAAUGAGAUGAACAAAUGAACAAAGUUCUUGUUUAUUUACAUUUUCUAAAUUGUAUAUUCAUAGAAUAUUUUCAUUGAGCCUUUAAAGGUAAUUAAUAUUCAACAUUAGUGCAGGUACAUUUUGGAGUAAACAGCAUAUAAAGACUAAAAAAAAUAGUCCUUCCAGAAUGUCUCAGUCAAAAUACACUGCUUUUUCAUUGAAAAUUGAAGUCAGCUUUUUUAGUUUGAAGAUUGACUCUAAAAUGUUAGUUGCACUUGUUGAAAGCCACAGGCUUUAAAAACUUGGAAAAAAGAAGGAAAUAACUGGGAGUCAUAUUUAAUAUAUUAAUUUUUUUUUACUUGAGAAGAGAGCAGGUAAUAGCUUUCAAUUAAUUAUUCAAUUAAUUUCUAAGGUGAAUUCAAACAAGACAAGAUAUUUAAAAAAAAAGUGUGUGUGUCUUACAUGAAAAUAAAAUGACAGCAAUUCUUGUAUUUCUGAAGUUCUCUCGAAACUUCUUAAAUAUUUCAUAUAUAUUCUUGUUUUUUCCUCAAUUUUCAAUUCACUGAUGUGCAAUAAUUUGCAAGUUCAUACUUACUUGAGAAUUUUGUUACAUUGCAGUGAACUUGUAAAGAGUGUUCUGUUCAUUCAGGAUGUCUAAGAUUCUAAUUGGUCCUAUUAAUAAUGAAAUAUUCUUCAAACUAUACAGAACAAUUGUUUUCAUAUAGUUAUUGAACGUGUGACGCAAAUUGACAACUAUUAAGAUGGAAAUAAUAAUUUUUGUGUGAAAUGUACUUUUGCAAUUUCCACAAAAUAGGCAAUAAUAUUUAAAAAAAUGAUUUAUUGUAUGUCUUUAUGCUUUUUGUAGAAUGAAAUGUAAAAUGAGCCAUAUUGAUAAAAAUCUGUUUACAGUCUAAUUAUACAUCAGUGUCUAGUUUUCUCAUUUGGCAUCUGACCUUGGUUCGUUGAGCUCUUAAUUUUAUUGAAAACUGUUACCUGCCAUGUGUAAGUGAAUGCAGUUCAAUUUGUGCAGUUUUAUUGUUUUAUUUGUUUUUUGCUGCAUUUAGUGGCUCACAUUCCUGACUAUCCUGUUAAAGUUUAAUAAUAAAUCUUCAAAUAAGCUAAUAUUAUUUAUAUAAUUAAUUAUUUAUUUAUUUAUUUUGUGAGUGAAAGAUAAUGUGAACAAAAUGAACUUGAAGUUAUUAAAUUAACAUAGUUUUGCAUUACCAAAUUUUAGCCUUGUAUAUAAUAAACUUACACAAGGUUUUUGGAAAACAUGUAUUGUCCUCUAGAAAACUUACGACUAAUAUAUUAAAUCAGUUUCUUUAUUAUUCUGAUCUUUUUAUUUAAUUUUAGUAUGCAAAGAAAAAAAUGUAACGUAUUGAAUUGGCUUUCUGAAUUUGUUACAUAUGAAAUUCAUCAAUCAAUUAAUACAAAGCAAAACUUCAAAGAAUUAAGACAUUAGGUGGAUUGGUUGUAUUAAAUUAAAGAAAGCAAAUAAAAAUGGUUAGUACCAUGUGAAUAUAAACUCGUGCAUGUAUUGCUCAUGACCAAAUGUGCACAUGCCUGUUCUCAAGUUAAUGUAGACAUGAGCACUAUAACUAGUAUCUUUUAACUGAGAAGUAAUUGAACCGUAACAAGUUUUUGCUUGUGAAGGCACAUCUGUACUGUAAAUUUCAAUUAAAUUUACUAGUUCCCAUUUUGGUUUGAUUAAUGGAACACAGUUUAAAUUUUAGAAGAAUAAAAUAGCAAUGGAUAUCAGUAUGUCACUGUAUUAUUUACAUCACGAGGGGGCGGAUAUUGAUGACUUAAAACAUUGCAAAAAAGAUCAAUAAAAUGCUUUUAAAAUGCUCUGAAUACAAAGAAAAAUGCCCUAAAAACAAAAAAUUGAUUAAAACCAAUUCAGGUGAUCAACUUAAGCUGUUGGAUGUGUUACUGAUGU